AAGAGUUUCCUAUUGGAUGUUUAGAGUCACAUGAGUGGGGUAAUGCAGGAAGCCAUUUUAGUAUGGGGAUUUGCACAAUGAGGGUACCAGAAGUCUCUCCAUUUAAUCCUUCAGCAUCCACCUGUGUUAUGCCAUGGAGAAGCUUUGUUUUUUCACAAGUUCUGGGAAAGCACUGUAAGAUGUACAUUGAUGAAGACAAACAAGUAAACAGCCCUCAACUUUACUUUCACGUCUGACUCAUCAUUCAACGCUUCCAGUGCCUACGGCAUACGUUUAGCUAUCUGUCACUUCGUGUACCAGAACCAAGAUGGCAGCAUGCUCUUUGUUCGUUACGUGUCCGUCUGUAACUAGUUGUAAUUAGUUGUUCUUAAAGAUUUCUUAAAAGAUUUUUUCCUUUUUUUGUAUCUCUUAACGUAUUUCUUAACUAUCUUUUAACGUAUUUCUUAACCUGACAGUUAAUAUUGCAUGGAUUGUUGGAAAAUGUGUGGUUGGUAGAUGCUUUGGAAUUUGAUGGAUGUAUCUUCCUGGAGCUAACAGGCCUAGCCUGGCCCUGUACCGUCCUCCUGGAGUUAACUGGCCUAGACCCGGCUCUACACCAUCUUCCAGGAGCUAACUGGCUAAGGUCUGGCCCUGCACCAUCCUCCAGGAGCCAAUUGGCUUAGGCCUGGCCCUGUGCCAUCCUUGUGGAGCUAACAGGCUUAGGACUGGCCUCGCAUUAUCCUUGUGGAGCUAACUGGCUUAGGUCCAGCCUUGUACCAUCUCCCAUGAGUUAACUGGCUUAGGCCUGGCCCUGCACCGUCCUUCAGGAGCUAAUUGGCUUAGGCCCGGUCCAGCAUCUUCCCACAGGAGCAAACUGGCUAAGAUCUGGCCCUGCACUGUUCUCCAGGAGUUAACUGGCUCAGGCCUGGCCAAGCGCUAUCCUUCUGGAGUUAACUGGCUUAGGUCUGGCCCUGUGCCAUUUUCCUGGAGCUAACUGGUUUGCUUCACCCACAGGUCUGUACUGUUCACUUCUGUUAAGUACUAAAAUUGUGGAUGAUGGCAGUAUUUACUAUUCUUAUAUUCCUCUUGGCCUUUUUGGACCCUCGGAUAAGCAAUUGCAUAUGGACACAUAGCAGGGGAAUCUCUGAAAAUGAUCUUUAUCUGCAAGAGAAUUCUGAAAAAGGCACAUGCUCUAUAAUGUUGCAAAAAACAGAGCAGUUACCAACUCAGUUGGAUCAUGACAUUAGUUUCAUGCCUGUUUUGCCCAGAGACUUCCCUAAACUUCAGUCUACUCUGGCCUUGCAUACUUAUUUCAUUUGCCCAUUUAAUGGAGGUUUCAGCUCGGGUUCAACAUAUCAAAGUUUUGAACCCAAAUCAAAGGUGAAACAGAGGUUGUUGAUUGUCUUGCUUCUAUUUUUGUCAGGAAAUGUGCAACCAAAUCCUGGCCCUGAACUGCAAUAUUCCCAGACUCCUUCUGAUUUUAAAAUAAUGUCUGGUGUCAAAUAUAUUCAUCUUAAUGUGCGCAGCCUACUACUGAAGAUGGACAUGGUCAAAAUUUGGGUUAAAUCUACAGAUGCAGAUGUUGUUAUAAUCUCUGAAACUUGGUUAACUAAAUCUAUUACUAAUGAAGACAUUAACAUAUAUGGGUACAAUGUAUAUCGUACUGAUAGGCCAAAAAAAGGAGGCGGUGUAGCUAUUUAUGUCAAAUCAAGAUUUCAUGCCUCGAUUGUUCUGUCCCAAUCGAUAUGCAAACAAAUGGAGUUUUUGGCCUUGAAUGUAGAUAUUGCUAAUACUCUUUCGAUAACCAUUGUUGGGUGUUACAGGCCCCCAUCUGCUUCAAAAGAGGCAUUAUCUUCAUUAAAGCACCUUUUGGCUAAAUUAAAUUACACUGAACUACUAAUGGCUGGAGAUUUGAACUGGGACUGGCUAAAUGCAACUUCUGGUGAAUUUAAAGAAUUUUGCGAUUCAGUUAAUCUUACCCAGCUAGUCUAUCUUCCUACCAGGCCAAAUCUUAAAUGCCCUGAAAAGUCCACAUUAAUUGAUUUGGUUUUAACAAAUGUACCUCAUAAAUUCUCUUCGCUUGGUGUCUUCUGUAAUGACCUAAGUGAUCACUGUGUUGUUGCUGUUUGUACAAAUGCUAAAAUUCCAAAAUGUAAGCCGCGCAUAGUGUGUAAAAGGAAUCUUAAACAAUUCAAUGAACAGGCUUUUCAUCAUGAUUUGUCAGUAGUUAAUUGGGAAAAAAUCGGACUAUUACCAGAUGUAGAGCUAGCUUGGACAUAUUUUAAGGAAAGUUUUAUGGAAAUUGUUAAUAAACAUGCCCCCUUACGGAAAGUUAGAAUUAAAGGUCGAGAAAAUCCCUGGUUUUCGCAGACACUCGCAGAUAACAUACACAAGCGUAAUAGAGCAUGGGACAAGGCGAGGCAAACAGAUACUUCCACUGAUUGGUCUGUUUUCAAACAGCUUAGAAAUAAAUGCACUUCUCUUAUUAAAAAGGCCAAAUCUGAAUACUUUUUGUCUGUCACCACUGAGAAUCUCAACGAUCCACAGAAAUUUUGGAAAGUAAUCAAGUCUUUUUCUGCCAAUAAAAUGACUCAAACCUUUCCUAAAUUUGUUGUAAAAGAUUCAGUCUCAAUUAAUGAUAAAACUGAAAUUUUGAAUUGCUUUAAUGAGCACUUUUUAUCAGUGGGUUCCUUGUUUGAUUCUGCAGAAACUUUUUUUUAACAAAUUCUUGCCCAGAAUUCUCUAUGUUUUCUGGAGACCGUUUUAUCUUUGUACCUUUUAGUGUUUAUGAAGUGCAUAAAGCUUUAAAGGCUUUGGAUCACAGAAAACCUCCUGGUCCAGACUUGAUGGAACCUUAUUUUUUGAAGCUGGCAGCGGAUUAUAUUGCAGAACCACUUUCAAUUCUAUUUAAUUUUUCAAUUAAAACCAAAGAAAUUCCAUCGGUUUGGAAAUCGGCUUUUGUUUUGCCUUUAUUGAAAGGAGGUGAUCCAUCGGUGUUGACUAAUUAUAGGCCAAUAUCAAAUUUGUGUGUUUUAUCCAAAAUCAUGGAAUCUCUAGUUUGUGACCAGCUGAAGGAGUUUAUGUACUCUAAUGAUAUUGUUUCCAAAUUUCAGUCAGGCUUCAGGAAAAAACAGUACUAACACUGCCACUAUGAAAGUGAUAAAUGAUAUUAUUAUGGCACUUGAUAAGA